AUGGACGACAUUCUUGCCAAGGCCAGCAGCCAGGCCAUGUCGUUUGCCAUCCGGUCGGGCAUCUCGCUAGCGCUGGGGUUCGCCAUCAAAACCGUGGCCCGCUUUCUCGACAAGAUCCCACCGGCAGAGAAAAAACGCAUCGAGGCCGCCAACGCCCGGCUCCACCAGAAAACGAAAAUCGUGGCCACUGCCAUUGAUUUGGUGCGGCUUGAGGCCGCGCGCGGCCAUUCGGCGCUCGAAGCAACCGUCGACUUGGUUGCCGACUUGAGCGACCAGAUUGCACGCUUCGACGAAAACAUCGUGCGCCUCGUGGACGCCAUGAACAACCUGAACCAAAAGGCCACGAUCGUGCAAGUCGAGCGGGCCAUCGGCGAGCUUUUGGCCGAGAUCAACGACGCCAUUCCGCUUCUCAAUCUUUCGCUCGUGGCAUGCGGCGCCAACUUGGAGGCGGCGCGCGCGCCGCGCUUUUCGCCCGGGCGCCUUCUUCAGGCGGCGGCGCACCUCGAGGCGUGCGACCGCCACUUUGACGGCGCGCGCGACGUCCCGGCGGGGCCGCCUUUUGACCUCACCAUGUACACUGUCUUCUACCGGGCGAAGCUGGCAGAAACAAAACAGACAGAAAAAAAACAAUUGGAGACAAAACAGUCAAAAGCAAAACAAUUGGCGACACAGACAGAAACAAAUUCGGAGAAAUUUGCAGACCUGGAGUCGGUCGGCCUCACCUGGAAAGAAGAGUAUGCGCGCGCAUCCGUGCGCCUCGUGCGCCGCCGCGGAGACGCCCGCGCCUACGAGAUCGUGGCGGCCGAAGACUUCGACGACGGCCGCUACCACGAGGACGAGCCUGCGCGCCAAAGAAACAUCGCCGUGGCCCACAUCCGCCGCCAGUUUUUCAGCGCCAGCGGGCGCCUUUUGCGCCUCGAAGGGUCCAACUCGCCCGUGUUGAUUUUCAAGGUGGCCGCCGCCGCAGGCGCGCCGCCCGAAUACAUCGCGUUCGGCGAGGCGCGCUUCGACUCGGACUCGGACUCGGACUCGGACUCAAGCGACUACGAAGAUGCCCACGACACGGUCCGGGCCGAACGCAGCACGACAUUGUCGCUCUUGCAGUACCUUGUGCGGCUAGCGGCGCUCCAGGAAAACGAGCAAAUGUCUGUUUUGGACAUCACCGACGAAAAACUCGCCCUCUAUUUGCACGACGAAACCGACGGGUCGUUCUACCCGAAAACGUCGGCCGAGCGCGCAAGCGCCGCCGCCGCCGGGCGCGCGCAGAACAGCGCGCUCCAGCUCGACUCGAACAUUGCGCGCUUGAAGAACCUUUCGCUCGGGCGAGACUAG